GGCGCUUGAUUGCGCCUGGGGAUUGGGGAAUCCGCUGAAGUUGCUUUAGGGUUGCGGCGGGGCUCCCGACCGUCGCUUCCUUUUCUGUCCUCAUUCAUUACUUCGGCUCGCUGUUGUAGGGCGUCACGCCGUCGCCGAGAACCAUGUCCGAAUGCGUGCGGCUCUGUCAAGCCUUUUGCCGGAUGGGCUUUUACACGUGUUUCCGUAUCCUCUGCUGCAGAGCUCCACCGCCGCCCAGACCUGAGUAUGAUGUUGUGUGUAUAGGACUGACAGGUGCUGGGAAGACAUCGCUCCUCUCCUGCCUGUGCAACGAAGGCUCUGACGCCAUUGUACCCACCACUGGAUUCAACAUCAAAGCGGUGCCCUUCCACAAUGCUGUGCUGAACGUGAAGGAGCUUGGAGGAGCCAACAAUAUCAAGAAGUACUGGAGCCGCUAUUACCAGGGAUCACAGGGAGUGAUCUUCGUUCUGGACAGUGCCUCUUCUGAAGGGGACAUGGAAGUGGCCCGGAAGGAGCUUCACGCUGCCCUCCAGCACCCCCAGCUCUCCACGCUCCCGUUCCUCAUUCUGGCCAACCACCAGGACAAGCCCGCCGCACGCUCCCCACAAGAGAUAAAGAGAUAUUUUGAACUGGAACCGCUUGCGAGGGGGAAAAGGUGGAUUCUUCGGGGCAGCUCAUUGGACAAUAUGGAGGCCGUGAAGGAAAGCUUCAAUCAGCUGAUCGACCUGCUGGAGGAGAUAAAGAUGGAGCCUAGGAGGAUAUGAAAGAACUUUCAGGAGACAUCAAACUAAAACACUCCUGGAAAUGUAUUGGGUGGAAUCUGUUGCCUUUGAAGAGACUUUUUAAAGUCGCACCUAAUCACAGGUUUAAAUAAAACCAGAAAGCCAGACAUCAACUGUAGAUGGAAAUGAUCAGUUAUCCUCAUCAGAUAUUCUCAGGCUUUCCUGAAUUUUCCAAAACACACAAUUUAAAAAUACACUUACCUCAUAUGUAUAUUUCUCAACUGUAUGUUGAGAAUGUUGUGUAAGCAAUACAGUUUGUCACUGACAUACUGAAUUUACUUACAUAUUGAAAUUACAAUGGGUAACUGGAAUGCGGGUUUAUCCUAAAUGAUUUAUAAUGAAUGAUGUAAUUGUUUCCGGCGAUGGGCUGGCCCCCCCAUCCUGGGUUGUUCCCUGCCUCGUGCCCAUUGCUUCCGGGAUAGGCUCCGGACCCCCCGCGGGGAUUAGCAGUUUGGACAAUGGAUGGAUGGAUGGA